AUGUCCACUGCUCCAAUAGCUCCAGCUUCUUACCCAUGGAACAUACCAGGCCGUAUCGCUGAGCUCAAGGCGAUAAUUGACAAUCCUGAAACAAGCGAUGAGCAGAAGAUAAAUGUGCAAGUAGCAAUCGACCUCUACGGUGGGAAGAUGCAGCCUAUACCGCGCGUCUGCAUCCAGGGUGGACAGGUCAUCAAUCUUCAAAGGCUUGAUUUCUCCCGCCCGUUCUGGAUGGAGGUACUUUCACUUUAUCAUUCCCCGAAGCUGGUUUAUCCCCUGUUCUCUGCUUACCCAUUUUCCAUCCAGGGCUAUCUCCAACAACUCUCAGCACAGACUGCAAUUCCCGCCACCGAGCCAGCGUCAUCGUCUACGCCAGCUGAAGCCGUCCCUGAGACUGUAAGCUCGGCAUCAGCUGCAGUCCAGCAUUAG